CCUUGACUGCUUCCGGUAUGAAAUUGAGGCUCUAGCAACAUGGAGUUGGCGAAGAUGGCAGGAACAGUGGCCAAGCAGUUAUUUUCUCGGAAAUCGGUAUUGUCAUGUCGUGUGCUGAAUUUAGGUCAAGCACAUCACUCCAGAUGCCUGAGUACCUCACACACAAGGCAGAGUGAGUCAAGCUCAGACUCCAACUCUAAAGGAUGGCUAAAAAACAUCCUCUCCGUGAGAACACUGCCUGCCAGCAAGGAGUCUCACUCCAGUCUCCUCUCCAACAAAGAGACUGUCUACGAAAUGCAGUUCCAUGCUGUCAAGCCGGAGAAUAUGGAGGAAUAUCUCAAACAGUUUGAAUCCUUUCAACAGUUGAUGCAUGACAAAGGCACAGGUGCAAAACUUAUAGGUAGCUUCACGGUGGAGAUCGGCGACCAGGACGAAGCAGUCCAUAUUUGGCAGUAUCCCGGAGGAUAUCCUGUCCUGAACAAUGCAACAGAAAUAUACAGAAAAGACAAAGAUUUCAUUGAUUAUCGUCUCAGACGAAACAAAAUGCUGAGGUCAAGGAAAAACCAAAUCCUGCUGCCUUUCAGCUUCUGGCCAGAGCCAACAGCACGAGGAGGCAGUAAUAUAUACGAGAUGAGAAGCUAUACGUUAAAGCCUGGUACUAUGAUUGAAUGGGGUAACAACUGGGCUCGCGGAAUAGAGAAUCGCCGAUCAAACAAUGAAGCGGUAGCAGGGUUAUUCACGCAUUUGGGCACGCAAUAUGUGGUACAUCAUUUAUGGGGUUACACUGAUCUACAAACACGCAAGGAAACGAGGGAGCAAGCUUGGAGCAAACCUGGCUGGGAUGAAUGUGUUGCGUACACUGUGCCUCUGAUUCGUCACAUGCAGUCGAGGAUAUUAAUACCAACUCCGUUUUCACCCCUCCAGUAGUCACGUGACCGACGAAUAAUCCACGGAGAAAGACCAUCAUCAAUCGAUUACCAUCAGACUGUAAUAUCCCGUAGUUGUACAACCGAGUGUUGUCUCUUUGUCUAUAACCGAAAAAUACUCCGUGGGAAAAGACAAUUUACUGUGUGCAGUCUUUCGUGUCGUCUGUCUACGGUUAAUGAAGAAUACUCGAUGUGAAGAGACAUUAAUUUUUUUAUUUUUUUUGUAGACUUUGGACUUCGUGUAACGAGACGUUCAACUUUUGUUCAGAGAUAUUGGACUGUGCUUAAAAAGACAUUCGACUUAAUGUUAAGGGACGUUUGACUUUGUAAAGCGACAUUAAAAUUAUGUACAUUCGAUUUCAAAUAAGGAUACUUUAGACAACGUGUAAAGACACAUACACGAAUCAAAGACACUGCUGAUCAUCCAGAAGUCUCCAAUAUCAUGUUGUGAUGAAGAUUUUUGCUUUUAUUUUGACACAUUGAUCAUCAAUCAAUUCACGACAUUACUUUUAACACCACAGAAAAAAAGUAAGAAUAAGAAUCGUACUAUUAAGAUUCAUGUCUCUUAUGAACGCCCGGGGAAUAAAAGCAUGAUAAGGUUUUAUUGGACUGCAAGGACACCCUAAACAUGUUGUUUAAAUCAGUUACGAAAGAAAAUAUGUCAACGAUAUUUUACCUACUGCAAGUCUUAUCGAUAAAAUUACAGCAUUUUUUUAAACGUUACAUUGUACGUGUGUCCGUUCCUUCAAGUGACCGAAUGCGAAUUAACUUUUCAUAUUUCCUGAAUAUUAGAUAGAAAGUUACAUGAGUAUGUAUAAAACAUUUUUACCGGAUCGAGUGUCCCAGAUGGAGUACAUAACUAUUCACUAUUCAUUUUUAAGUUCUUGGCCCUAAUAAUCAGGCAUACGAGCUUAUCUUUCUACCUUCGAUGUUGGUCAGUGUUUCUUUACGGAUGUCAGGGAGCUGGAGCAAUCAACGACAGACAACACAAUUGUCAUUAUAAAUAUUGUAUGUUGUGUGAAGAUAUAUUAACUUGGGUUGUUUUGCCACUAGAAUUUGUUUAACGAGAUAUCAUAACUGGACUAAUAAAAAAGCUGGACUUUGUACCUCUCUAUAGUGAAGAUAAACCGUUACCUUGGCUGGUUACCAUGGCAGGAUUGGGUGAAGGCCAGAAGUUUUAGGUCACACUUAUACUGAAAUGACUAGAGGGGAUGAAAUGGUGCUUUUUUCGAAACUAUGUACUAGAUUUUUGUGUAUGUGUCGCACAUUGUACAAACUUAAUUCAGUGCUCUGAACUUUUUUCAAGGGGUAGAAAAAAAACAUGCUUAUUUUCCUUCACGUAAACCUAACUUGAAAAUAAAGUACGGUUAAAGUUAUGUGAAAUUUGCAGUCAGAACACAUCUUUUUUGUUGAAAAUUUGAAUUUUAUAUUUUAUAGAUUUAAAAUUUGAUAUCGAAACCAGGGGUACAUAAUUCCACUUGAAUUAUUCUUCAAUAAAUCAAUAUUAAAAUAGCUUUAUAUGAGAAAAUAAAGACUCCGAAUAAAAUUAAAUUGAAAACAAAUGCAGGAAAGAUAAAUUCACUGUGUUGUUCAAAGAUCUGAGUUUUAGGGAAGAUGAAAUUAAUCUUUAAUAAAUUUGACUAAAGCAUUAAUUAAACUUGUUAUAUUGUA